AUGAGCAGCAACUCCUCCCUGCCAAGUGCUGGGCAGCUCUGCUUCGACAACGUGAACGGGUCCUGCGUGAAGAUGCCCUACUCGCCGGCUCCCCGGGUGCUCCUCUACGCAGUGUUUGGCUUUGGGGCUAUGCUGGCCAUCUUUGGGAACCUCCUGGUGAUGAUCUCAAUCCUCCACUUCCGGCAGCUGCACUCUCCCACCAAUUUCCUCAUCGCCUCCCUGGCCGGUGCCGACUUCCUGGUGGGUGCGACCGUGAUGCCCUUCAGCAUGGUCAGGUCCGUGGAGAGCUGCUGGUAUUUUGGGAGAAGUUUCUGCACUUUGCACAGUUGCUGUGAUGUGGCUUUUUGCUACUCUUCUCUUUUCCACUUGUGCUUCAUCUCCAUCGACAGGUACAUUGCUGUCACUGACCCUUUGGUCUAUCCCACCAAGUUCACCGUGUCUGUGUCCGGAAUUUGCAUUGGCAUCUCCUGGAUCCUGCCCCUGGUGUACAGCGGGGCUGUGUUCUACACAGGUGCCCAUGACGAUGGACUGGAGGACUUAUCCAGUGCUGUCAACUGUGUAGGAGGCUGUCAGCCUGUCAUAAAUCAAUUUUGGAGUUUGAUAUAUUUUCUAUUAUUUUUCACACCUACUUCUACAAUGAUAAUUCUGUACAGUAAUAUUUUUCUGGUAGCCAGACAGCAGGCUAAAAAAAUUGAAAAUAGUAGUGGCCAAGCACAGUUAAUAUCAGGGGCUUACAAAGCCAGGGUGGCUAAGAGAGAGAGAAAAGCAGCUAAAACCCUUGGUAUCACAGUGGUAGCAUUCUUGGUGUCAUGGCUACCAUAUAUAAUUGAUUUAUUAGUUGAUUCCUUUUGGGGUUUUAUAACACCUUCCUAUGUCUAUGAGAUAUUUUGCUGGUUUGGUUAUUAUAGUUCUGCUCUAAAUCCUUUGAUUUAUGCUUUAUUUUAUCCUUGGUUUAGGAGAGCAAUAAAGCUUAUGAUAACUGGCCAGCUAUUAAAAGAUAGUUCAUUAACUAUAAAGUCAUCUUCUUAA